AUGGGCACGCAGAAGCUCAUCGGACUCACACUCGCCAUUGGCUCCUCAUUGGCCAUUGGCACUUCCUUUAUCAUCACAAAGCGAGGGCUCAUGGAUGCAGCAGAGCGAGGGGGGCUAAGCAAUGCCUCUGACGCUCAUGCCUACCUGCAAAACCCCAUUUGGUGGGCAGGAAUGGUGACCAUGAUCGUGGGAGAGGUGGCCAACUUUGCCGCAUACACCUUCGCGCCUCCCAUCCUGGUCACUCCGCUAGGUGCAUUGAGUGUGCUGAUUGGAGCCAUUCUGGCCAGCUUCAUUCUGAAGGAGGAGCUGGGUAGAUUGGGAAGGGUAGGCUGUACGCUCUGCCUAGUGGGGACUGUCAUCAUCGUCGUCAAUGCCCCCGAGGACAAGGAUGUACAGACGGUAGAUGAGAUUCUCAACUAUGCCCUGCAAACGCCCUUCCUCGUCUACUGCCUCUUUACAUUUGGCUACUGCACCUGGAUGAUCUGGCGCAUCGUACCAAAGUAUGGCAAGCGAUCUCCCCUCGUGUACCUGAGCAUCUGCUCAUUGGCCGGAUCCAUCUCCGUCAUGAGCGUCAAGGGCUUUGGAGUCGCAUUGAAGCUCACUUUUGAGGGCAACAAUCAGUUCACACAUCCAUCGACUUACUGCUUCAUGAUCGUCGUCAUCGUGUGCAUCCUAGUGCAGAUGAACUACUUCAACAAGGCCUUGGACCAGUUCAGUACCAACGUCGUGAAUCCCAUCUACUACGUGAUGUUCACUACGUCGACAAUCUUUGCUUCGUUCCUGCUGUUCCAAGGCUUCAACACAAACGGAGCGGCACCGGCGGUAUCCCUCCUAGGAGGCUUCGUAGUCAUCUUCAUGGGCGUCUACCUGCUCAACAUGAACCGCCUUGUGGAUCCCGUCACCCAACAGCCUCGUAUGUCCUUUGUCACCGGCGAGGGAAUCUCCGGCACAGGUCGCCUAUCAGAAUCUCGAGAGAGGCUCAUGAACGGCAUGCACGGGCGGAGAGGCUCUUCCAUCCCUCCACGAGCCUCCAGCAGCGGUCUAGGCCGAGACAAUGAGUACUGGGCAGCUGCUGCCACCGAGGGGAGUGGUAGUGGUAGAGGCCACGAACGGACAGGCUCGAAUGGCCAUGUCCUCUUCAGCGCCUAUGAUGGAGCGGAUGACGAUAGUGCCGAGUCUGGCAGUGGGAUUGGGCUUGCACACAUGGGCGGCGGUAGCGGCGGUAGCAAAGGCAAGACGACUUCGUCACUGCUGAGAGGGGAUGAAGAUGAAGACUCGGAAGACGGCAUGGACUCAUUGCCCUCUUACACCAGCCAUGGAGCUGGCGGUGGUAGCAAUGGCAGGCGGAUUCUCCCAGGGAGUGUAGGGGGUGCACAGCACAAGAGGAGUGCUAGUCUAAAGAGUGUUGUGGGUACCAAUGGGAAAGUGAUGAGUGGGGCAGCGGCUAGUAAUGGUGGUGGGGCAUUGGGAGCCGUCAAGACUGGGGGCAGUGGGUCGAGGUAG